AUGCAACUCUUAUUAAAUUCAGUACUUUCUAUUGUCAUCUUAUGUACUUUAUCAUGUGUACAAUCAAAAAAAAUAGCCGAUGAACAACAUUGUGAAGUAUGUAUAAAAACUAUCAGUACAUUUGCUGAUACACUAUCUGAUGAAGACAAAGCUAGUGCAGAAAAAAUCGAAAAAACAUUUAAAACCUAUUGUAGUAAUGUAAAAGUUGAUUCAAAAGAACAUCGAUUGUGCUAUUAUAUUGGAGCAUUAGCAACAUCGGCUACAUACUCUAUUGGUGAUCUAUCUAAACCACUCUCAUGGGGUAUACCUGCAGAUAAAAUUUGUCGAGAAAGACUUGCUAAAACCAAUCCACAAAUUUGUGAUUUAAAAUACGAAAAACAAAUCGAUGUAAAUGCUGUGGAUUUAAAUAAGCUUAAAGUAAAAGAUUUGAAGAAGAUUUUAACUGAUUGGGGUGAAGCUGCUGAUUUCAUUGAAAAAUCCGAAUUUAUUAAGCGUAUCAAUGAAGUUAAAGAUAAAUAUAUCAAAUCAACAACUGAUAAAAAUAAAAAAGAUUUGUGA